GUUUGAAACUGCAUGCCGCCAUAUCGAAUAUCCUUGCACCGACUUGCUUUUCUGUUUUUUCUCCUUACGUCUGUUAAUAAUUGAAAGUGACAUGAAAUGAAGACGUCUUACGUUUUUUAGUUCAGUCGAGUUGGUUAAAAUUAUGGCAAUUGACAUAUAACGCAAUCUCGUGAGCAGCUUGAUUAUUUAGCCAGCGGUUAAUUGUUUUCUAAGCACUCUUCUAGCUAGGUUAACUUAUUUAACGUUAGUCUGAUUUACAAUAACUAAGCUAGCUAGAUAGUUAACCUAAUCAAAUACUCUUAUUAAGUCGCCGAAAGACAUUUCUGUUAAUUUUAACUUUUUUUCAUUUUUUUUUUAGCUUGCAGCUGGUUUUCUUUCAGUUUAGAAAUUUUCAUCGAGGACUUUUAAGAGAGGUUUUGAAGUAGAAUAACUUGGAUAGAAAGACUUAGGUUACCUAACCUAGCUACAUAACGGUUGGUUUGUUUUUACAUGCACAAGCCAUGGCGGAAGGAACUGCUCUUGGACCAGGGCUAAAUCCAAGUUUUUUAACCUCUCGUGUCAAGAAAACAAAAAGCAGUAACGCUAAUGUUUCUGUGUCGGCCAAUGUGCGACGACAGAGUCGACAAAGCAACAAGAAGGACAUUCACAGCCGGGUUGUUCUGGAGAAGGUAUUUGGUAUUACCACCUCCAGCAGCAGUGGUUUGGCCUGUGACCCCAACACAGAAUUUGUUGCAUACCCUGCAGGGUGUGUUGUUGUGCUCCUCAAUCCAAAGAAAAACAAGCAAAGUCACAUCUUUAAUACAUCAAGGAAAACUUUCAGUGCCUUGGCGUUCUCCCAGAAUGGAAAAUAUUUGGUCACCGGUGAGAGUGGGCACAAGCCCUGUGUGAGAGUAUGGGAUGUGGCAGAGCGGACUCAGGUGGCAGAGGUCCAGUGUCACAAGUAUGGAGUGGCCUGCGUCGCGUUUUCAAACAACAGCAGCUACAUUGUGUCUGUUGGAUACCAGCAUGAUAGGACUGUCAGUGUCUGGGACUGGAAGAGAGGCACUGUUAUUGCAUCCAACAAAGUGUCUAGUCGAGUCCUGGCUGUCUCCUUCUCCGAGGACAGUAGUUACUUUGUCACAGCAGGAAACAGACAUGUCAAGUUUUGGUACUUGGAUGCCUCGAAGGAGAGAAGGGUGAACAGUACGGUACCCCUUAUUGGCCGAUCGGGGUUGUUAGGAGAACAUCAAAACAGUGAAUUCUGUGAUUUGGCAUGUGGGUGUGGAACCAUGGCAAGCAGCACCUACUGUAUUACUCAUGCAGGCCUGCUGUGCCAGUUCAACAGCAACAGGCAGCUGGAUUUGUGGGUGGACCUUAAAACGUGCUCGGCGAGAUGUUUGUCAGUGAGUGAUGCAUUUGUUUUCUGUGGCUGUGCUGAUGGCACAGUGCGGGUGUUUAGCCCCCAAAACUUGCACUACAUCACCACUCUGCACAGACCCCACUGUCUGGGAGUGGAUGUCUCCCAGGGAAUACAGGCUGAGCACCUGACCCAAGCACAUCCAGAAGCUCAGUAUCCAGAUACCCUUGCCCUUACAUAUGACCCUGUGACUGGCCACUUAACCUGUGUAUAUAACGACCACAGCGUGUAUGUGUGGGAUGUGCGUGAUGUAAAGAAUGUAGGGCGGGUCUUUUCUGCCCUCUACCACAGCUCCUGUGUCUGGAGUGUUGAGACCUACCCAGAGUUGGAAGAUUCAGCUGCAGCUUUGCUGCCUGGCUCUUUUCUUACUUGUUCAUCGGACAACACCAUUCGCCUUUGGAGCACUGAUUCCCAGCACAGGCACUGCCAAGGUGCUGACCAUCACCACAACGUCUACAGUCAGGAAUUGAUGAGGAUUGUGUAUGUGGAUGAGGACACUCGCCACCUCAAGGCCGUUCCAGAGAGAGGAGAGGGCAGCCAAGAUGGCAAAUUUGGUAUCCGAGUCCUGGGAAUUAGUCCAGAUGGCCAGCACCUGGCUGCUGGAGAUCGCAGUGGGAACUUGCGGAUAUUUGGACUUCAGUUCAUGGAUGAGCUGCUGAAGAUAGAGGCGCAUGACUCUGAGGUCCUAUGUCUAGCCUUCUCUCCCAUUGAGACUAAUCUGUGUCUGCUCGCCUCAGCCAGUCGUGAUCGACUCAUUCACAUUUUCAACAUGGAGAAUAACUACAGCCUCACACAGACUGUUUAUGAUCACUCAGCAUCUGUCACUGCCAUGCAGUUUACUGUUGUGGGUCCAAAAGUGUGCAUGGUGAGCUGUGGUGCUGACAAGAGUAUCUACUUCCGUUCGGCCGAACAGUCCUCUGAUGGCCUAACUUUCUCACGGUCGCAUCAUGUGGUGGAAAAAAGCACAUUAUAUGACAUGGACCUGGACGCCACACGCACACACACUGUCAUCGCUUGCCAAGACCGGAACAUCAGAGUGUACAAUGUGAAGAGUGGCAAGAUGGAAAAAUGCUUUAAGGGAUCUGUGACUGAUGAUGGCACGUUGCUCAAGGUUCUGCUGGAUCCUUCCGGAAUGUUCUUGGCCACUAGCUGCUCAGACAAGAACAUCUGUAUUUUUGAUUAUGAGUCUGGGGAGUGUGUGGCAGUAUUAUUUGGGCACUCUGAAAUUGUGACUGGUAUGAAGUUCAGUCCAGACUGCAGACACUUGAUCACUGUGUGUGGGGACAGCUGUGUGUUUGUGUGGCGUCUGUGUUCUCAGAUGACCAACUCCAUGAGGAAGAGAUUGGCAGAGAGAAAAAGGAAAGCAGGUCUUGGGAACAUGACCAGACUUGCUUCCAAGCAGCAAGCCACGAGAAGAGAGACUUACAUUGCUGUACCUUGCAGCGUGUUGUCUCAGACUCAGGAGGGAGAUCCAAACAUAAUGGCAGAGGCAAAGGAGGACAUCGAAGAUGACCCCAGCACCCCAGCCAGGGUGGACACCACUAUAGAGAGCCUGGACCUCAUGAUGCCUCAGACCAAUGGCCGCCUACCCAUGUGGGCUCGCAGACUGGGUGCUGGAGCUGUUAACAAUGUGGAUCCUACCAGACCUAAAGGCACCCAGUACCAGCCACAGGGGCGCUGGGCUGUGCAUGCAGAUCCAUUAGCUAUUCGUUCAGUGUUGGAGACCAGGAGCCUACAGCUCCCCCUCUCUCAUACACCCAGCAGAGCAGAGGGGGAUGACGAUGAGUGCGAAGAAGAGAAGGAAGGGCAAGAUGUGGAUUUUCACCCUCAGAGCCUAGACAGUCUUCUAGGUGAAGAGGGUGAUGAUGCAGAAGAGGUUGUGGAGAGGGUUUCCAAUAUGUCCGAACGAUUUAGUUCCAUGCUUCAAGAGACAGAGCUGCAGUUGCUGGAGAGUGAGAAUCAUUUCAACCCAUUGAUUAGCUCCUCAGAGAACAAUGACUACAUCCUGUACCCAGCCAACAGUGCUACUCUGUCCGCUACUGCAGAGGGGGAAUUUGAUGUGAAGGGGCUAUGUGAGGACAUUGAAACUGAUCCAGAAUUAGAGGAACUGAGUCCAGACAGUGCCUGCUCAGCUGAGAGUGACCAGGUGCACAGUGACCAGGCCCAUGACCAGGAUACUGACUCACUCAGUCAGGGCAGCUCCGUGGGCAGUUCGGGAGUAGAGGAAGAGGAUAACGAAGAGCCUGCCACGCUGCUGCGACAACACUUUGACACACUUGCUGUGGCCACUAAUGAAAAGUUUGACACAGACCUGCACAGCUUGCAGCAGCCUACCAAUGAGAGCAACUUCCUCAACCCUCGACUGAGUCUUUCUACCCGCUUCCUCUCCCGCUUCCAGAACCGCAUUCGUGGUACAGGCGUUGGAAGUGGUGCUGCGUUUCGGCCUUCGACUUGCCUGCCUGCUAUUCCAGAUGAGUCCAGCAGCAGUUUAAGACCAGAGACCUGCCAAAUGCCAAAUGCUCCACAUGCCAAAAGAACAGAUCAGAAGAAAAAACUAAAAAACGAUACGACAGACAAUGCAGUGAUUUCUGCAAGGUCCUCUUGCCAAAGUAACACGAGUCCUCCUGCCGGAACCUACACCACAACUAGCUUCGCGGAAGAUGAUCUCAGUGUGUGUCCAACACAGGAGCAUCCUGAUGGAACUAAGGAACUCUGGAAAGCUACAUCAUCUAACCAGUACCUUAGUGAGACUGUACAAUGUAAGAAAAACAUCCCAUGUCCACAUCCUCUUUCCAUAGAGGCACUUUCUUCAGGGCCUGCAAAACCAGCACCUUCUCAGACAGCUUCUGCCCCGGGUAAUCACAGUGCUCGGGCAACACUUCGCUUGGACCUGCCCACACCUUGCACCACCAGCAUGUCACAUGCUUCCCUCAAGUACCUGAGAAGCCAUGUAGAGCACAUCAACCCUCCUUGUCAAAUGACCUUGGUGAGUCCAACAGAGAUGCGCUCACUAGGAAAGGAGAGUCGAAUACGAAUCAGACAAAUUGAGGAAGGUAUGACCCCCAAGUCAUCCAGCAGGCUGUCAGCUGGGACAGUGAUGGCUGAAGUGAAAGGCAGCCUCUUGGUAACACCAAGAAAGAGCUUGAGAAAUUCUCAGACCUACACCGCAAGUUCAUCCAAACCGGAGCCUACAAGUGAAGGACCAGUUCCUGGAGACACUGAUGAGAUGCAGAUGUGUAAGGAGAUUGUGAAUGAGCUGCAGCACACAAUGCAAAGAGCAGCCAGCUUUUACAUCAAGCUUCAGGCUGUCCAUGAGCUGUCUGAGCAGCAGGUGCAGAUGAAGAGCAUUCUGCAGGAAGCCUUUACGGGGAUGCUGCAGGAGCUGGGCUGCCUCUGCCCCCAGGAGCCAUGCUGUGCUGCCCAGCAAGCUUCCCAGCCUCUUGAGGACUCUCCCGGGCGGCAGCUGAGGGAUGACCGGGCAAUGGCUCUUCUGGAAAAAUACUCUGAGAUGCUACUGUUGCGAAUGGCUGAAAAGAAGAUGGACUGCAGUUGAUUGUCAUAUCCAAAGGACAUCUUUUUUUCACGUUGUUUAACAUCUUUAACACGCAUGUUAUUCAGUCACAAUCACUCGUUCUGCUGUACAUGGGGUGUGAGAGCUGUGUUGCACAAAAUGUGUUUAAUUUUGCACAUUGUGUAAAGUGCAAAUGUUGCAGACGUAUGACUCAUGCUAUAAUUUUUAUCAGUGUUAGCUUUUCUUGGUAAUUUUAUACAAGAACUUGUAAAUAAUUGUUUACCCGUUUGCUUUUUUUUUAAUGGUACACAAUAUUAAAUAACUUCUCUGUGUAUA